CUCUUUAAUCUGCCAUUAAUCCCCUUCUGUUUUUGCUCUUACUUCUCCUCCUAAAAGUGGAGGAUGAAGUGGUGCUGAUGCAACAUGUCUGACAGAGAUUACGCUUCCUAAUCAGUAAACAGAACAAAAAAAGAUGUUCCACAAGCGUGAAGCUUUCCGCCGCGACUUUAUGGAGAGAAAUUCUCUUCUCUUGAGGCAAUCGAUGGAUUUGGUGACAUUUGGGGCAGUUAGAAAAUGGGCGGAGUCACUGUUUGAUUGGUUCGUCAGCAUUAGCGCUGACCAGACAAACAACAUGGAGGCACACUUUAGGAACAUUCCAUCCACUUCAGAGGAGCUACAUGUUUGAACUGCGGCACUGAAGUAGCACAAAGAGGGGACAAUCUGCAUAAAAGGAGGAGGCGGGGAGGUUAGGUGAUGGGCAACUGCACCAAAUCAUCCAUGGAAGACAAAAUGAGGAAGGACAGAGAGCUGAGACCGGAGGAGAUGGACGAGUUGCGCGAGGCCUUCCUGGAGUUCGAUAAGAACAAGAACGGCUACAUCAGCCACAAAGACCUGGGGGAGUGCAUGAGGACCAUGGGAUACAUGCCCACCGAGAUGGAGCUCAUAGAACUCAGUCAGCAGAUCUGCGGAGGCAAAGUGGACUUUGAGGACUUCGUGGAGCUGAUGGGACCCAAAAUGCUGGCGGAGACCGCAGACAUGAUCGGGGUCAAAGAACUGCGAGAUGCCUUCAAAGAGUUCGACUCCAACGGCGACGGGCAGAUCAGUCUGACGGAGCUCCGUGAGGCCAUGAAGAAGCUGAUGGGGGAGCAGGUGACCAACAGGGAGAUCAACGAGAUCCUCCGAGACGCCGACCUGAACGGAGACGGUCUGGUGGACUUUGAGGAGUUUGUGCGAAUGAUGUCUCGCUGAUGUGCGACACCACAGACUUUUUUCUGGGACUCUUUCUUUGACGGCAGAGUUAUAUUUUUGUAGAAAACAUAUUUUAAAAUGCAUUAAAAAAGUGAGUUGUGAAGAGUACCACUGCGGACUGGAGUCCAGGGGUGUCCACUUCUUGUCAUGGCCGCCCUUCUUCUAACACUCAAUAAUAUUCAUGUUCAUUCCCAAAUGCAAUUCAUCCACUCACCCAUCUUCUUCCGCUUAUCAUAGAUCGGGUGGCGGGGGCAGCAGCCUAAGCAGGGAAUCGCCCAGACUUUCCUCUCCCCAGCCACUUUGUACAGCUCUUUGCAAUUCUCUUUGCAAUUUGCAAUUCAUAUUUAUUACAAUUGUAAAUGUAUUACAAUACAUUUAUUUGUAAAUUUACUACAAUUGUAAAUUGAUUCAUUGUUUUUAAAAAUCGAUACUUUUUUUUUUUUAAGAAUGGAUUUUUAAAAUAGUCACACAUAUCACUUAUGUGUGGCUGCCGUCAAAUUGCAGUCUACACGUAUCUCUUAUGUGUGACUGCCAUCUGCGGGUAUCUCUUAUGUGUGACUGCCAUUAUAUUGCAGUCUACACAUAUCUCUUAUGUGUGACUACCAUCUACGGGUGUUUCUUAUGUGUGACUGCCAUCAUACUGCAGUCUACACGUAUCUCUUAUGUGUGACUGCCAUCAUAUUGCAGUCUACACGUUUCUCUUAUGUGUGACUGCCAUCUACUGAUCUGACAUAUUACAGCAUGUACCAAAUAAAAUAGCUUCAAGGUCGGUAAGCACAACCAGAAUUAUUCCGUACACUAGGCGUUAGGGUUAUAAGGCACACUGUCGAUUUUUGACAAAAUUAAAGUAUUUUAAGUGCGCCUUAUAGUCCAAAAAAUACGGUAAUUGUCUAGGCACUUCAUUAUUAUGUAUUUUUUUAAUGUACAAAUUGAUAAAUAACUUGCUUUGAAGUCAGGCAGAUAUUUAAACAUUCUUAUUUUAACACAAACAUUUUUUGGAACAAAAGUUACGAUGUUUGUUGCAUGAUCAGAAAAUGUUGCAUGCAGUACAGUCGUCCCUCGGUUAUCGCUGUUAAUUGGUUCCAGACAUGACCCUGAUAAAUGUAAACAUAGGACUCAUUCAUUAUCAAUCAAAUAUUUACAUAACUAGAGCACAAAACAAACUUCAGGAUACAUUUUUCAUCAUUUUUAGAGCCCUUCAGAUGUGAAAUAACACAAAUGAGUUGUUCUGCCUGAGGGUGAGCCAAUCAGAGGUUGCGAUACUGAACAGCGGCCUCUGCUUUGGUCUAUAGUGGCCAACACUAAAGAUAUAAAUACGGACAUAGUAUUGAUAUUAUUUGUUUAUGUCGCCUGUGGAGGGGGGCGUGGUUUGCAGGCCUGCUGCAGAGUGGGGUGUGGAAGGCCUGGCCUCGAAGCACAGCUGGCAGGUGAUUGGAUUACCCAGCUGCAGCCAGGCUUAUUAGCAGCAGCCGGUCCGAGACACGGGUGUUGGGGUUGGAGCGAGAGAGAGAGAGAGAGAGACACCAGAGAGCAAAGUAAAGACACGCCGGACUGAAAAGUACAAUCUAUAUGCUGCCGAGAAACCAAUCAUAUUGUGGAUGUAAAUAAAAGACUUGAUCCAACCAGAAUACCGGACCCUAGUGCCAGUGUGGGGUGUUCAGAGGGCAACUGCUGCAUAGCCAUUUUUAACAUACGCCCCUAAAAAAUUGUAGAACAUUCUUAAGAAAACUUUUUUUUUUUUAAAUCCAUGGUUGGGUAAAGCCGCAAUAUUUCAAGUGUGAUAUGGGGAGGGACAACUGUACUGUACAUGAAUUUGUUCUGUAAAAUUAAAAAAUCAAGCAAUAACCAUGAAGUGCUUUACUGAGGCACAAUAUUUACAAGUUUAAAACAAUGCAACAUACCACACCUGGCACCUGGAUCUUGAGUUGGACACCCUGGGGCUUGGAUCCAUGGACUGUAAUGUACAAUAUGUUUGUUGGAGUGUAGUAUUCUGUAAAACUCUACAAAUAAUAUUUUUAAUAAAAACUCCAUAAGUUCUGUCAGACAAUGAAUAAACUGUGGUGUUAUUUUAGAGUUGUUAUUUACCCUCAAAGAAAUAUGCAGGAACAAUUACAGUCAAUAUUUCAGUCAAU